CCUUCGACUUGCCGGCCUGCUUCUCUUUCCCCCCCUUUUGAAGAUUCGAGCCCAAACGGUGGAGGUCGAAACAAAAUCGCUGAGCCGUCCUUCUGUAAAGUUCCCGGAAGAAAACACACGUGGGAAAGCAGGCAAACGGAAUGACGCGUGGCUGCAGCUCCCACGACUGGGCGGGUUGAACGGCUCCUCCCACCCUAGCGGAGGGUCCGCGUUGGAUCACCGCCCCCACCUUAAUCUGGGGAGAAGGGAGCCCAGAGACCAUCACGGAGAUGCGGGUCGAGUCUCAUCACACGUUUAUGACUUUCUGGGUGACUUGCAGCUUAAUGUGUGGACUGGGCGCCGGCUGGCUUACGCAGUAACACUCCAAGAGAGAAUGUAAGAUGGCUGACCAGAGUAACAUCCAGUCGGCAGCUUCCAAGAGCAUCCGCCCAUUCCGCUCCAGCGAGGAGUAUCUCUACGCCAUGAAAGAGGACCUGGCUGAGUGGCUGAACACCCUCUAUGAUCUUGAUAUCCAGGUGGAGAACUUCAUGGAUGCUCUGGAGACUGGCUAUGACCUCUGCCAGCAUGCUAACAAUGUCAACCACAUAGCUCUGGAGUUCCAACAGCUGCACCCAGAAGCAACUGCUAGGAUGAAGAUUCCACAGAAGGAGGUCAUCUUCCAGGCAAAAAACGUGGUGCCUGGCUCUUUCAUUGCCAGGGAUAACAUCUCCAACUUCAUCCAGUGGUGCCGUCAGGAACUGGGCAUCCAGGAUGUCUUGAUGUUCGAAACAAAUGACCUGGUGCUGAAGAAGAAUGAGAAGAACUUUGUCCUCUGUCUUCUGGAGGUGGCCAGGAAAGGCUCCAAGUUUGGCAUGCUGGCUCCCAUGCUUAUCCAGAUGGAGGAGGAAAUUGAGGAGGAAAUGAGAGAUCAGGUCACCUAUGGAGAGUUGGAGAAGGAGCAAAUGAGUGAAGAUCUUGGGCCCCAGUCGCCUGUCUACCCAAGCAGGACUCAGAGAAUAACCUUGUGUGACCUCAAGAAUCUGGAUGAGCUGGUAAGGGAGAUUCUGGGGCAUUGCACCUGCCCUUCUCAGUUUCCCAUGGUCAAGGUCUCGGAGGGCAAAUAUAAAGUGGGAGAUUCCAACGCGCUGAUCUUUGUUCGAGUAUUGAGGAGUCACGUAAUGGUACGUGUCGGUGGUGGCUGGGACACUCUGGAGCACUACCUGGACAAACACGAUCCAUGCCGAUGUAAUUCUCUCUCCCACCGUCUGACACAGCCACGAGGACUUGCUUUCUCUCCGCAAAAGAUGACAACCCCAGGCAGCCCCCAAGCCGCCAGCCCCAGCACCCAGCGCCGGGCUGAAGCAAUGAACCUGCACAAGUCCUCUGAGCCCCUCCGUGUGAGUGAUAAGCGACUUGGAGGAGGUGGCGAUGUCAGUCACGCCAAGGCAAACCGUCCGGGCUACCCAGCAAAAGGAACUGGAGAUUCCACUGCUCUGAGGCAGGUGUCUGGUGCUGCAACAACUGUGAGGCACAACGGGCUGCCCACAAGGCCUGGUCCAUCUGCCCAGAACUCUGCCAGUCCCUCGAGGGGGUCCACAGCCCAGCCCCACCGGGACAACUAUGACCCACGAGGCUCCAAUACCCUGAGGCCCCCUAGAGCCCGUCGCCUUUCUGGAGACAGCGAUUCCUCAGCUUCGUCAGUGCAGAGCGGCAGUCUGCCCAGGAGACGUCACGAAGAUGGCAGCUUGACAGUCAGGAGAGAGCCUGGCAGGCAGAUCUCUGAAGGAGCUGGUCUGCACAUCAGUGCCAGCCCCAAGAGGCUACCAGACAGUCGCAGCCAAUCCCGAGAGCGGGCCAGCUUGCCAAGGCCUUCUCCAGGGGCCAAGAGGACUGAGGCAGAAGAUCGGGGCCGUGCCCGCUUGCCUAAUGGGCCUAGCAAGCCAGUGGUCCAGAGCCCUCGCCCCAGAGCCCGCAGCCAGGGGAGGCCCAGCGGGGAGCCCGUGCUUCUUAUCAGACGAGCGAAGGAUGGGCAGCACUCCUGGGCACGAGCUGAGGACACGAAGGAGAACUUGGGAGGCUCUGGCAGAGUCACCCCCAGGACCAAGAGCCCAGCAAGGGGCAACUUUGUUUCCAUAGGUUCCAGGAGUCCAGCGCUCACCAACCGAAGGGGGUCUCUUCCCACCCCCAAAGUGACAGAACCCUCAGCCCGAGCACUUCCCUCAGCUUCUGGGCCACAGAGGCAGCAGCAGCCAUGUUUGACAGCGCCACGAGUCCCUGCGAGGGAGCAACGGUCUGGGGAGGCCUUGCGCGCCCGACAGCGCUCAGACAGUUUAGGCCAAGAGUUGGAGGAACUGUCCCACACUUUCCGCACCCCACUGCGCCUAGACCCAAGCCAAGAGCAGCAGCUCUACCGGCGGCUGGAAGAGGAGUUUCUGGCCAAUUCCCAAAUGAUGGGCCUGCAAGAGGAUGAGGAGCAAGAACAGACAGAGCCUCCGGGCCGAGGCUGUGAGGGCCCGCGACUCCUGCAAACCACCCCGGACCAAGGAGCCGCAGACUCCGCCUACUGUUCCUCUAGCUCUUCUUCUUCCUCCCUCAACUUCUUCAGCAAGUACAGCUUCCAAGCCGAGCCCAAAGAUGAACCCAAGAGGAACCCUACCUCCCAGAGGGUCUGGGCCUCUGAUGCGGGUGCAGUUCCCUCUGACCUCCACAAUGGCUCUGCUGACACCGCUGACCUCUGGGACUCUCCCACAACUCUGGAGCGAGCCACACGCUGGCGGAAGCCAGCCCUGUCAAGUUCCUCUGAUGAAAGCAACUGCUAUGUGGGCCUCCAAGAGGUCCAGGAAGGCGUGGAACUUCCCGAGCCCCGAGCAGGCAGCCCAUGGGGCACUGUGGAACUGAUGGCCCCUGAUGCAGACUCAGAAUAUUUGCCCCACGAAUUUGACAAGGAACCUCCAGUGCAGCCCCUGGACAGGUCCCCAGGAACUCCUCCCCCUGAGGAGGCUGUUCUCAGGCCCAAAUCAUCCCUGAAGAAACCCGACCGUGUGCCUUCCAUCUAUAAGUUCAAGUUGCGUCCCAAAAUCAAGCCUCGCACAGACUCCCAGCCGGACAAGAAGCCGACAAAGAUCCCCACACCCCUCAGCUACAAGACCAUGGGGGCCAGCAAAUCCCCAGCAGGGGGCGCCUCCCCCAAGGACAGUCCUUCCAAGCACCAGGCAGAGCACAGAACCUGGGCAGCUUUCCAGAACGUGUUCUCCUCCUUUGUGGAGCCUCCCCGGGGCCCAGCGGAGUCAGGGGUGGCCGAGGAAGGCACGUGGGCCUAAGAGCCGCCAGAAGAGAGUGCGGCCUGUGUUGGCUUGCCUGUUACAGCUGCUUCCAUUAUCCCGCUCUUCCCUUACCUGCUGCUGCCUUGGGUGUCUUUCCUUUGUGACCUUGAUAUUGCUGCUGUUUUGAAAAGUUAAGGGGAGAGGGUGGCUUUUAUCCUGAUGGUGGUACUUCCAUUUUGUUUUUUAAACUGAGGCUGGAAGAUGGCAUGGCUUUUUUGUUUCCUUGUCUGUGAAAUGCUUUUCGGCUGGGGGUGGGGGGUGGGGAGGGAAGGGAAGGGAAGGGAAGGGAAGGGAAGGGAAGGGAGUCCAUGAGCACUGGAUCCAUGGAGGGAGGUUGGAGGGGACUCCAGAGACAGCCUGCAAAUCUCUGGGGCUGCAAAACUCCUUGUGUAAUACUAUUUUGCAGAUCUCCCUGCAAACUCGGGGCUUUUUUUGUAGCAGGAACUCCUUUGCAUAUUUUGUUGCCUGAUGUUGCCAAUCCUUCAGGAGCUUACAAGGCUCUUAGUACAGGGCCUACUGUAAGCUCCAGGAGGAUUGGCUACAUCAGGGGUGUUGGCCUAAUAUGCAAAGGAGAUCCUGCUACAAAAAUGCUCUGGUAAUGCUAUUGAUUCCACCACUCCCCCCUUUAGCCUUCUGAAUUCAAUAGCACUUUGGCUCUCCGAACCUCUGUGCUUUCCUGGUCACUCCAUAUCUCUCCCUUGGGAGAAGGGCCAAUUCCCUGGCUUCAGGGGUGAUGGAGAGUCCUGCAAAUACUUACUGAGGAGGGGAUAAGUGUGCCUGGAGUGGGGGAGGAGGGCCUGCAGCAAGUGACUCCCUAAGGAUGCAAGAAGAGGGCUUUUAUUUUUUUAAGAAGAAGCUUCGGUUCUAAUGGAUUAUAUUUUUAACGAGACGUGUUUUGGAGAGAAGUUUGGGGAGGGGAUGCUGAAGUCUUGCACAUGAAUUUUGCUUCGGCGGGACCCACUCGACUUCCUGGGAACUUGGGCCAUUAGAAUCCCCUCAACCUUCGAUGUACUGUAGGUGUGUUUUAAUGAAUCUAUGCAUAUUUAUGUAAGUAAUAAGGAGGCACUGCGCUUGGUCACGAGGGCCACCUCCUCUAGAGUGCCCGCCCGCCAUCCGACCCCACGAAUGUAGCUGACUGGCCUGACCCGCGAGCUCUCGAAACCCAGACAGUAAAAAUGGACAAGUCAAA